UCCCCAAAACCCUUCGUUUUUAAGCCCCUCUCUUUUCCCUUCUCUGACCCCAACAUCACAUUUCACAAACCUCCCUCUUUCCUCUCUUUCCUCUCUUUCCACUCUGAUCGGUCGCUCGCUCGCUCGCUCGCUCUACAAGUAUUUGGUGGUGAUGGCUGAAGUAGCUGAAACGAAGGCACACGCUGAGGAGGUGGUGGCGGAGAAGACGACAAUAGAGAAGGAGGCACCGCCGGCGCCGGAAGUAUCGGAGGCGGUGAAGACUGCGGCGGUGGUUGAAGAGGUUGUCGAGGCCGAGAAAGCGAAACCUGCUGAGGAGGUGACGGUUACUGAAUCGGUUUCGUUCAAGGAGGAGAGCAACGUGGUUGCCGAUCUUCCCGAGAAUGAAAAGAAAGCUCUGGAGGAGUUCAAGCAACUCAUCCAGCAAGCCCUCGAGAAGCACGAGUUUACUUCUCCGCCUCCCCCGCCGGCGCCAGUGAAGGAAGAAGAAAAGAAGGAAGAGGAAAAGAAGGAAGAAACUAAAGACGAAGAGAAGCCGGCGGAAGAGAAGGUUGUUUGUGCUGAGGAGGUAGCUCCGGCGGAUCCAGCAGAAGAGAAACCGGCUGAAACUACUGAACCGCCGAAGGUGGAAACGGAACCGGAACCAACAAAGGAGGCAAAAGCGGACGAGAAGACUGAAACUGUGUUGGUUGUUGAGGUGGUCGAGACAGUCACGGCUACCGUCGAUGAUGAUGGCGCUAAGACUGUUGAAGCCAUCAAAGAGACCGUCGUGGCGAUCUCCUCUUCUUCUGCUCCGGAGGAGCCAGCGGAAGCCGAAAAAGCAGCCGAAGAAGCCCCUGCUGCCCCGGCUGAACCAGAGAAGGAAGAGGAAGAAGUUGCUGCCGCGCCACUUCCACCACCUGAGGAAGUCUCCAUCUGGGGGAUUCCGCUGCUCAAGGACGAGAGGAGCGAUGUGAUCCUUCUGAAAUUCUUGCGAGCUCGAGAUUUCAAGGUCAAGGACGCCUUCACCAUGAUCAAGAACGCGGUUCGUUGGAGGGAGGAGUUCGGCAUCGAAGCCCUCCUGGAAGAAGACCUGGGUAACGAUUUCGACAAGGCGGUUUUCAUGCACGGAGUCGGCAAGGAUGAUCACCCAGUCUGCUACAACGUCUACCAGAAGACCUUCUCCGAAGAGGAGAAGCGCAAAAAUUUCCUCCGAUGGAGGAUUCAGUUCCUUGAGAAGAGCAUCAGAAAGCUUGAUUUCAGUCCCAACGGCAUCAACACCAUCAUUCAAGUUAACGACCUCAAGAACUUGGUCGUGCCCGGACUUCUGGAACUCCGUCACGCCCUCUACCUGCUCCAGGAUAACUACCCAGAGUUCCUCGCCAAACAGAUUCUGAUCAACGUUCCAUGGUGGUACCUUGCAAUCAAUCGGAUGAUUAGUCCUUUCCUCACCCAGAGGACCAGGAGCAAGUUCGUAUAUGCUGGGCCAUCGAAAUCUACUGAGACUCUCUUCAAAUAUAUAGCUCCUGAGUAUGUACCAGUUCAGUAUGGAGGCUUGAGCAGGGAGGGUGAAGGUGAGUUUACCACCGCUGAUACCGCUAGCGAGAUUACCAUCAAAUCGGCAACUAAGCAAACUGUGGAAUUCCCUGUUUCUGAGGCAUCCCACCUGGUCUGGGAGGUUAGAGUUGUUGGGUGGGAUGUUUCCUAUGGCGCUGAGUUUGUACCAAGCGCCGAAGAUGGAUACACUGUGAUCGUUCAGAAGUCGAGGAAGGUUGCUGCUUCCGAAGAACCAGUUAUCUGUAACAGCUUCAAAAUUGGUGAACCAGGCAAGAUCGUUCUCACCAUUGACAACCAAAGCUCUAAGAAGAAGAAAUUGCUAUACAGGUCCAAGACCAAGCCGUCCUCAGAUUAAAUUGUCUCCACAAUUAGACGGUUCUACUAUGCAAUCAAUUAAAUGAACUCAAAAGGCAACAACACAAGGAAAAGAACAGUGGAAAAGCCCAAGAUACUUGUUUUAUCAACAUCAAUUUACAGUGAUUAAAGGUCUGGGUUGGGUUGUUUUUGUUCAGAAAUGAUACAGUUUCUUUCUUUUAUUUUUGGUCCUAUUUAAUUUAAGAUUAAAUUUUUUUUUCGGAUUUUUUUGUUUUUUUUAUGAUAAGUGGAUUUGGUCUUGGUUUGUGUGACUCAAUCAUUAGGUGUGGGGAAAGAAAGAGCUCUAUUACUUAUGUGACUAUAAAAUUUCUGUGUACAUUAUGGUCUAAAUGAAUCUCUGUUUUGUUCUUUA